CCCCCCCCCCCCCCCCACACACACACACGCACACACACGCACACAUCCCGUCGCGUGGCACCGACCGCUCGGCAACACGGCCCGACGUUGGGCGAGAGGGCGGGGCACGCCCGGGACACGUCGGCGGGCACGGCCGAAUGUUGCGUUUGUCUUCAUUCGAGCCAAAAUGAAGUCUGUGGCAAAUAAUGUGUGUAGCGUAUUUAACCCUAACCCUAAAUUGAAUCUUAUUCUUUAUCCGAUUCUAAUGAAAUAGCUCGUUAUUUAAAAUGAACAAUUAGGGGCUGCUAUUGGUAAGGAGCUCACAAUCGGAUUUGGGUUCGAUUCUUAAGGCCGUGAUUCAAUAUUGAUUUAGAAGCUUUGUCGUUUCCGUGGGAAGGGUUAAGGUUUAUUUUUGUGAACCGCACACAAAGCGACCCCCCCGCCACCGGUAGAAUGUUUUAUUUAUAAUAAAUCAUGGUAUUUUUCCAAAUGGUAACAAUUCUAAUGUUUUACGCUAUAUAUGAAGCUAUAAUUGAAUGAGAUCACAGAAUCAAAGUUGGUGUAAAAAAAAAAAAAAAAAAAAAAAGGCGCUCGCUUGUCCCUAAUGAAGUGUCCCUCGGCCACGGCCGCAAACUCGCUGACGCGCUGGACGAAAAGGAGUCGAUUUGCAGCCACGGCGCGUUUCCGCCACAAGGACGUGCUCUCUGGUAGCUUCGCUUGACAAUUGCGCUCAUCCGUGCGCGAUCUUCACAACAAACGCGGGAGGCCCAAGGUAGCCAUUAAGUCCAAUAUGCCUCUGGCUACUUGUUGCCAUGGCGAUGGCAAGCAAGGUACAGUACUGGAGCGGCGCGGCAAACUGCGGCUUUGUGCCUCUGUCAUGUAAAUUGCGGCUCUGUGGCGCUUUUCUUUCUGGGGGGGGGGGGGGUGUUUCCCCCCAUAUCUAUAAAUGUUCACCAGCCGCCACUUUUACAACGAAGAAAUUCACUUGCGAUCAAAACAUAAUGCAAAAACACGACGCAUUACUGUGACUAUUUCUAUUUCUACUAGUACCACCCCCACUUCUGACUGCCUGAUUACAGUGUCUGAUGUGUGGUGUGGACCCCCCCCCCCCCCCCCACGCCACCAGUACCACCACUCGGUUGAACUUGAAUGGCAACUACUUGUAGCUUCCACGAGCACGAGCAGCGCUUCACUGCUGCCGCCGCUAAAACAAAAUGGUCGCAUCCUUUUGCGGUUCUGAGGUUUCGGCAGCAGCCGACCGAGCGCGGACGGCCCGGGGGGGGGGGGCGCCAGUCGGCGCGGCGUUCGUGACAUUUGGUCGGCGUCGGAGCCGCGCGACACCCGGGGAGGCGCUAACGCCGCGUUGUUUGAUUGAUGUGAGUCAUUUCCUGGCUCCCAAAAGUGCUGCCUCGAAAACUUCCCGCCCACACGCGCGCCAUUAAAGUUGGGUCGACUUGCGCUUUGCCGCAGAAUCCUGACUUGUUGUCGGUACCCAGUAUCAGAAUGCUCAGAACCCGAAUUGUGCGUGCGCCGCUUCCCAGUCUUCUCCCGCUCGGUCGCGAUUCGGACAUCGGCGACCUCUCCCGAUCCAGCGGAACUUCGGUUUUCUCCAGAAAGGCAAAUGGGAUGAAAACCCGAAGCCGUGUUUCCCAAAGGAAAGUGGUCCGUUCCGCGCGGCCCAAAAUUUGAAAAGAACAAUACAUACAGAUCAGGCCAAUUGUCCCACUGAAAAAAGAUGACGGGACAGGAAUUUCCGAAACAAAAUGAAAUCUGAUUUUCAAAGAAUUUGUUUGCAAAUGGUUUCAAGCUAACCCCCCUUCAAACUCACUUCCCAUCCCCCGCAUCCCUUCACCUGUUGCGCUCAAUGGGAGUCACGGCAACAGCGUGAGCCAAUCAUCCGCCGCCGCUCACGCUUCAAGUGCUCGCCGUCUUCAUGGUUUGCAUCGUUGGCUUCUUCGGGGAGUUCGGAGACGCCUCCGAGAGCGGCGCUCGCCGACUCGAGGCUUCAUUGCGCUCACGUUGCAAAGUGACGCAUCCGUAAAGAAAAUUGUGCAGGUUGCGCGCGUGCCUGCGUCGCUGGUCUGAGAGCUACGAAGAGGAUUCGAGAGCCCACUUGAAGGAAUCCGACAAAACAAAUGUUGAAACAAGAUGGCCGGCAAAGGUCUUCGAAGUCGGAUGAAUGUAAAAGCGUCAUAUAUGCAAUUGAAUGGCAAUAAGUUGUCCACUUGAGGGCGCUGCCCACGCACCGCACGAGCGUCAGCCCACGAGGGCCGUUUCCCGCCUUUAAGCGUUGGCACGGUGCCUCGCUGGCGGGCCUGGCGACGUCGUCGGUGCAAAACAUUAUGGGAUGGAAGGCCGGCAGAUCCCGCGGCUUCCCAGAGUUCUUAGCGGCGAGCUUUUGAAGUCGAGAUAGCCAAGCUAAACAUUGCUCUUCACUUGCAUUUGUAUUGUUAGGAGUUUGUACGUGAGCUCGUCGUCCGGGUGCGGUUGGUAUUUGUGUAUUUAUUUGAUGAAAAUGGAAUUUCCAGUCAUGCUGAUGAGAAAUUGCUCCUCGCAAUCUGCAAAAAGUGAAAUUACUGGAACGUUAAUUAACGCAGUUGUGGCCCUUUUCUUUGACAAUUGAGGGCAAAUCUUUCCUGUCCUUCCUGUUUUUCCGUUUGUUUUUUGGGUUGUGGGGGGGCGGGGGGGGGCGCACUUCAUCUUCAUCAUCAGGGCAUGGAUCCCCUCCUCAUCCUCACUCCCGGCUGCUGCUUCUGCUCCUCCUCCGCGCAGGUUCUCACACGUUGCUCGCUCGCGUCGGGCUUCGCAGUCUCUCGCGCUCGCUCGUCUUUUCUCUCUCUCUCUCUCUCUCUCUCUCUCUCUCUCAUCGGAGCCGGCCAUGCGCCCCCCCCCCGGCCCGGCCCGGCCCGGCCCAGCCCUCGGGCGUCGGACAGCCGCGCGCAGGCAUCGGUCGGCGAGCGCGACAUCUCCGCUGCUGCGGCGCCGGCGUGCCGUGAUGCUGCACGCGCUGCCUUAGAUCUUCUUCUCUUGGCUCGUCUUUCGAUCGUCGGACAGCAAGCUCGCCCGAUUGGCGCAGAGGUGGAACGGACGCACGGCGGCCGGCGACCUGAAGCCCCUGUUUUGCGCGGAAAUCCCCCCUUCCUCGCGAAGUCUGGACAGAUGCAGAACUUGCAGUUGUCUCAAGCCAAGAAGGUCGCGGGGGGGCCGGCCUCCCCCAACGCCGCCAAGCGCCUUUAUCGCAACCUGUCGGAGAAGCUGCGAGGAAGCACGUCGUCCUUCGAGGACGCCUACUUCUUCGGGAAGAGCGAUCGCCUUCGCAAGGCCUCGGGCGGCGAGUGCCUGUCGGAGGCGGUGGAGCAGCAGGACUUGGAUACGGUGCAGAUCCUGCUGGGCCAGUUUUCGGCCCAGGAGCUGGACCUGAACACGCCCGACGGCCAGGGCCUGACGCCGCUGGACGUGGCGGUCAUGACCAACAACGCGCCCAUCGCCAGGAUGCUGCUGAAGGCCGGCGCGAGGGAGGGGCCGCUCUUCGCGAGCGCCGAGAGUCGCGAGGCCCGCCUGGCGGCCCUGGUGGCCGAAGCGGAGCGGCGCGCCGCCGACCUGGCCGCGCGGGCGCAGCGGGACGGCCUGUCGCUGGAGGCCUGCCACAAGGACAAGCAGCUGAGGGCCUGGGAGUGGAAGUGCAAGCUCUACAAGCGCAUGAAGAGCGCGGUCCAGAACGCACGUCCGCCCGAGGCUCCCACGCGCGUCCGUCUGAGCGUCGGCGGCACCUCCUCGCUGAGCGUCGCCUUCCAGGAAGCGCAAGGCCUCAACUCCGCCGUGGUCACCAAGUACAGAGUGGAGUGGAGCUGCUUGAAGGACUUUUCGCUGCUGGCCGGUGAGAUGCUGCUGGAGAACCUGCAGAGCCUCAAAUGCACCAUCGGCGGCCUCAGCACGGGUCGUCCGUACUACGUGCGAGUGUCGGCCUGCAACGUGAGGGGCUGGGGCCCGCCCGCCUGCGCCUCCCCCCCGGCCGCCGCUCCUUCCAACUGGCGAGAGAGUGACGGGCGCAAGGCCAGGCGGCACAGCCACAUCGAGGUUAUGGAGCGGCUGCUCCAGCAAGUCCGAGCCACGCACUCGCACUACUGCUGCGGAGACGUGUCCAAGCUGCAGAACCCCAGCAGGAAGCAGUCGGUGUCCCGAAGCCUCAAGCAUCUUUUCCACUCCUCCAACAAGUUUGUGAAGACACUGAAAAGGGGGAUCUACUUAGCGGCCGUGUUCUACCACAAGGACCGUUUACUGGUGACGGCCGAGGACCAGAUCCCCAUCGUGGAGGUGGACGACUCCUACGGCAGCUCCCUCGUGCAGGACUUCCUGUGGUUCACCAAGCUGUCGUGCAUGUGGGAGGACGUCCGGUGGCUCCGCCAGAGCGCGUCGGCGUCGGCGUCGUCGUCGUCGGCGCUGCAGGCCCGCCACAAGAUGCUGAGCGCCGCCGGGCAGAUGCAGAGCCUGCUGGGCACGCACAACCUGGGUCGGGUCCACUACGAGCCCAUCAAGGAUCGCCACGGCAACGUGCUGCUGGUGACGGCGCGCGACGCCGACGGCCAGCACUCGCUCUUCAGCGGCAAGUGGAUGCAGGUGGCCAAACUGCAGAGUCAGCGCAAGUCGCUGUCCACGCCCGAGGAGCCGUACGCCCUCGACGUCCUCGUCAUCACCCUGCAGGACAUCGUGGCGUACCAGCGGCGCAGCACGCAGCGCCUGGCGCCGGGUCUCUACCUGGGCUACCUGAAGCUCAGCAGCUCCGUGGACCAGAUCCGCGUUCUGGUCUCCCGGCGGACCCCCAGCGUGCUGUGUCACGCCCGCGUGCGGGAAAACGCCAACGUGUCCAGGGAGGAGUGGGAUUGGAUCCGCACGCUGUCGGCCGGCGAGGGGGGCGAGGGGGGCGAAGGGGGCGAAGGGGGCGAGGGGGCUCGGCCCGAGAGCCGCUCCGGCCACGCCCCCCUCCUCUUCUACGAGCUCCAGACGGCCAUCAAGUCCCUGCUGAAGAACCUCAACCUACCUCUGCAGCAGGCGCGCCGCUUGCGCCUGUACAGCCAGGAAGUGGUGGAGCUGGGCCACGGCGUCAGCUUCCUGCUGCUGCUGCCGGCCGCCGACGACGUCUGCUCGGCCCCCGGCCAGUCCAACCCCUUCGCGCCGCUGUCGGGCUUCCUGCACUUGCCGCUGCAGAUGUUCGAGCUCGCGCACUUCUGCACCUACAAGGAGAAGUUCAUCAGUUUGUACUGCCGCCUGUCGUCCGUGCUGGACUUGGACGCCCUCAUCACCCAGCAGGCGCUGCGGGAGGCCAUCACGGACGGCGAGGUGGCCGGCGCCAAAGCCAGACAUCAGCUCAUCCUCGACUACAUCCAACAGCUGGACGAGACCAGGCAAGACCUGCGCUGGCUGACGGACGCCUUGCAGUACGCCCGCUACAAGCACCCGCGGGGCGGCGUGCCCGUCACCUGCCUGGUGGACGCCGGCGCCCCGGAAAGCGACGACGGCCAGCGGAAGACCGACUCCACCUCGUCCGCCAUGGACUACCUGCCGUCGCCCUCGCCGGAACUGCGCAGGAGGAAGGCCAUCAGCGCCGUCCUGACGUCCAUGUGGCCGCCAUCUUUAGACUCGCCGCCGGGCUCGGACGAGGACGGUUCCUCGGAGGUGUUCCUGCCCACGGACAGCGACUACGACUCCAGCGACGCCCUGAGUCCCCGGGAGCUGGACCUGCUCUACUCGCCGCCCCGGGACCUGUCCCGGCAGGCCGUGCGCUCGCUGGGGGGCAGCGCCCCCGACGUGCUUCAGAUCCACGAGCUCAGGUACAGCACCCCCCCCGUGAAGGACCGCCCCCGGUCGCCAGCUCUGAGAGAGGCCAAAUCCAAAGAUGGCGCGCCGCCCCCCCUCCCCCGCCCCCCCCCCUUGUCGCCGUCCGCCCUCCUGGCCCAGCGCUUCUCUCGCCACACCGCCGAGACUCCGGAGGGCCCGUCGCCCUCGAGGACCCGCCAGGAGGGGGCGGCCCCCCAACCGAAGCCCGCCCCCAACCCGCUCUCAAAGCGCAAGCUGCUCUCCAGGAGUCACCGGGGCCAGUAUUUCAGCGGGCCCCGGCGCUGGCUGAGAGGCCACAGCGGCGCAAGCCACACGGGGUCUCUAUCCGAGGGCGUCUACACCGAGCAGCGCCACCCGGAACUGCACGGCGCCGAGGACUGCGCGCCGGAGAGCCGCGAGGGGCUCCCCCGAGAGCAGAGGCCCCACGUGAGACGGAUCUUCCCGGAGGCCCCGAAGGACCGGGAGGGCGGGGGCGACGACCCGGAAGGGGCGGCCGGACGGGACGUCGACUCGGACGACCAAACCAACGCGCAGGUGUCGGAGAUUCUCAGCAGCACGCUUUAGGCGCCCGGAGCUCUUCUCUUCUCUUUUCUUUUCUUUUCUUUUUUUUUUUUUUUGGGGGGG